AUGGCACACGCUCGCAUCUCAGCCAAGCUGCCCCCUGAGAUAGAUCCCACAAAAGCUCCUGUUGCGUUUGGGAUGAAGGCACUUCCCAAGCUGCACGAGGAGUUACAGUCUCCUGAGCUGCUGACACAGCAGAGAGCAUUGAUGGCUCUCUGCGACCUGGUCCAUGAUCCAGAGAAAGUCUACCAGGCAAUACAAAUAGGGUUCUUGGCUAACCUGGUCCUGUUGCUGGCACAUGAGGACAGCACUGUCAGGCAAAAAACAACAGAGGUUCUCAACACCAUGGCCAUGCACAGCAUUGGCAGGCAAGGGUUGAUAAAAAAUGGAGUGAUUUCUGCCCUCACUGAUCUCUUGGAUGAUCCAGUCGAUAUCUGUCGGAGGAACACCCAUCAGAUUUUUGAAACUAUGGCAAAAUUACCUGAAGGUAGGGUGUUGGAUACUUAA